AUGCCCAAGAUUACAACCACGAAGCCAUUACGCAUAUCAAUUGACCGAGGCGGGACCUUUACGGAUUGCAUUUGCCAAGUCGUCGAUGGGCCUGAUAUUGUAGCAAAGAUCUUAUCCGUGGACCCGAAGAACUAUGCGGAUGCGCCGACUGAGGCAAUCCGUCGCGUCCUAGAGCAAUACUAUGGUUCUCCUAUCCCGCGUGGAACAGAGCUCGACCUGAGAGACGUCGAAUGGAUCCGUAUGGGUACAACAGUUGCAACAAAUGCAUUACUCGAGAGAAAAGGAGAGAAGACAGCCUUACUGAUUACCGAAGGCUUCAAGGAUGUUCUUCAAAUCGGAACUCAGAGCCGGCCCCAUAUGUUUGACUUGACAAUCCGGCGGCCGAUACCCUUGUAUUCAAAAACCUUUGAGAUACGAGAGCGAGUAACUGUGCAAAAUUGCAGCGACUCAGAUCUCCGCAAUAUUCAUUUGUCCUCUCCAGAGCCUGUGGAUUCCGUCAUUGCAGCAUCAGGAGAGAUAAUUCAAGUACUCCAGCCCCUGGAUACGGCCAGCACAAAAGUUCAACUCCAAAGUAUUUACAAAGAAGGGUUUCGCUCCCUGGCAGUGUGCCUGAUGCACUCGUACAGCUCCCCAAAGCACGAACUAGAAAUCAGAGAUAUGGCACUCGAAAUUGGGUUUGAGAAUGUAUCACUCUCACAUGAGAUAUCUUCAAGACCAAAGCUCGUCCCCCGUGGUAACUCCACGGUAAUUGACGCAUAUUUGACACCGAGUAUCAAACAAUAUCUUGAAAGGUUCUCCAGAAGCUUCCCCAAUAUAGGUAAUUCUCGGACGCGACUAGAAUUCAUGCAAUCAGACGGAGGCCUGGUGCCCUCGUCUAGUCUUUCAGGGCUUCGCUCUAUACUCUCAGGGCCAGCUGGAGGCGUUAUUGGCUUUUCUCGAACGUGCUUCGAUACUGAAACUCGAGCUCCGGUGAUUGGUUUUGAUAUGGGAGGAACCAGCACUGAUGUUAGUCGAUAUGACGGUGAACUGGAUCAUAUCUUUGAGACAAUAACUGCCGGGAUCACUAUCCACGCUCCACAGCUGAAUGUCAAUACAAUUGCCGCUGGGGGCGGUAGUAUCUUGACCUGGAGGAAUGGGCUCAUGUCGGUCGGACCCGAGAGCGCCUCUUCUAAUCCUGGUCCUGCUUGUUACCGGAAAGGAGGUCCACUGACCGUUACAGAUGCAAAUCUCGCGCUCGGCCGUUUGAUCCCUGAAGAAUUUCCAUCUGUCUUUGGUGUUAAUGAAGAUGAGCCAUUAGACAGAGACAUCGUUCUCACUAAAUUCCAGGAGCUGACCCAGGUUAUAAACAAGGAGACUGGCAUGUCACUUACAUGGGCAGAGGUUGCAGAUGGCUUCCUACAGGUCGCAAAUUCUGCAAUGUGUGGACCCAUCCGGAGUUUGACUCUGGAGAAGGGCCAUGAUGUUGCAAAACAUCAUCUUGCCUCAUUUGGAGGCGCGGGUGGCCAGCAUGCUUGUGCUAUUGCCAGCGACCUUGGUAUCAAACGCGUGCUCAUUCACAAGUAUUCCUCUAUCUUGUCUGCCUACGGGAUUGGACUAGCAGAAGUUGUACAUGAAGAGGAACGAGUCUGCGCGAAAGCCUUUGAAGGGUCUGCCAUUGAUGUUAUCAAUGAUUCCCUGGACAGCCUCGUCGACUAUGCCCGAUGCAGUAAGACUAUGGAAUCAUUCAGCAACAUCCGGGCUUAUCGGUUCCUGAACAUGAGAUAUAAUGGCAGCGAAACCUCCAUCAUGAUACCCUGGGAGAGUCCUGAUAGUGACGCGAAACAAGCAUUCGUCAAAGCGCAUCAUCAGCAAUUCGGAUUCACUCCUGUGAACCGUGUCGUGUAUGUGGACACCAUUCGUGUCCGAGUAAUUGGAUGCAGUGUUUCCCCGGAAGACUCUUCAUAUCUCCAGGUCAAGUCUCCCUCAAUUUCCACGUCUGCUACCGCUGGAGCCACGCCCAGCUCCAGGGUUUCCACACGUUUCAGUUCGAUAGGUUGGGUCAACACGCCUGUCUAUCACCUUAAUACUCUUUCUGAGGGAACUGAGAUCCAAGGGCCCGCUAUGAUUAUUGACAAAACGCAGACGGUCGUCGUGAGUCCAGAUUCAAAAGCAACCAUCACUCGAGAUCUUUUGAUCCUUGACAUAGAUCAGCCAGCCCCCAAGUCGACUAGCUCAGAAACAAUUGACCCCAUCCAGCUUUCCAUUUUCCGACAUCGGUUCAUGGGAGUAGCGGAGCAAAUGGGCCGCGUUUUGCAGAAUGUCAGUACCAGCGCGAACAUCAAGGAGCGACUGGAUUUUACUUGUGCAAUCUUCACGCCAGAAGGGGAAUUAGUUGCCAACGCCCCUCAUGUACCAGCCAUGAUUGGGAGUAUGGCCUUUGCAGUAAAAUCCCAGAUUACUGAGUGGCGUGGAAAGCUGCAAGAUGGGGAUGUGUUACUUUCAAAUACUCCAGCCUAUGGGGGUGUUCAUCUCCCCGACUUAACGGUUAUUACUCCGGUCUUCGACGCUGCCGGGAGGAAUAUCAUAUUCUGGGCUGCUUCGCGCGGCCAUCAUGCUGAUGUAGGUGGGAUACUCCCCGGCUCGAUGCCGCCAACGUCAAAGCUCCUCUCAGAAGAAGGUGCUAUCUUCAACUCUCAUCUGCUGGUUCGUGCUGGUCACUUCGAUGAGGAUGAGCUUCAUCGCGUUCUAUGUGUGGAGCCAGCACGUUUCCCAGGCAGCAGCGGGUCCCGACGAUACCAAGACAAUGUCACUGACCUCAAGGCCCAAGUGGCCGCAAAUCACUGUGGUACUCGUCUCAUGCAACGUCUCAUCGAAGAGUAUUCUCUUCCCACUGUUCAGGUUUACAUGCGUGCAAUCCAGGAGGCGGCUGAGCUGGCCGUGCGCACUCUUUUGAAGCGUCUCGCACAUGAGCGCAGAGGAGAAGACAUAUCUGCUGUGGACUAUAUGGAUGACGGCACCCCGAUAAAACUGAAAGUGACGAUCAAUCCUACCGAUGGGUCCGCCAUUUUCGACUUCACGGGCACCGGCACAGAGUUGAUAACAGGGAACUGGAAUGCUCCGAUUGCAAUCUGCAAUUCAGCAGUCAUUUUCGCACUGCGCUGCAUGGUCAAUUCUGAUAUUCCGCUCAACCAUGGGUGUAUCAAGCCGGUCCAAAUCAUUGUUCCCAACGGAUCACUCCUGUGUCCAGAUUCUGAAGCCGCUGUCUGCGCCGGCAAUGUGUUGACGUCGCAACGCAUCGUAGAUGUCAUUUUCAAGAGCUUUAGAGUAUGCGCCGCAAGCCAAGGAUGCAUGAAUAACCUAACCUUCGGCAACGAUGGCGAAAAUGGAUUUGGAUAUUAUGAGACUAUAGCCGGUGGGAGCGGCGGAGGCCCUAGUUGGGCUGGAACAGAUGGUGUGCACACCAACAUGACUAACACGCGGAUAACUGACCCUGAAUCUCUUGAACGAAGAUACCCUGUUAUCCUGCGUCGUUUCAGCUUCCGUAGCGGAAGUGGUGGUGCGGGUAUAUACCCGGGUGGCGAUGGAGUUAUCAGGGAUAUAGAGCUGAGACUUUCCAUGUCUGUGUCGAUUCUUUCGGAACGACGGAGCUUUGCACCUUAUGGAAUGGCAGGUGGAGAAGACGGUCAGCGCGGGAAGAAUACAUGGAUCACCAAGGCUGGUCGCUGUAUCAACGUCGGCGGUAAGAAUUCGAUCCGAGUUCAACGUGGCGAUCGGUUCGUGAUCGAGACACCCGGUGGAGGUGGCUAUGGAGCCCUUGAAGAUGGGGUGAGCAGAAAAAGGGACGAGUCGGUCGUCAUGCCCGCAUUCAUACCAGUUGCUAAUGGCAGCGUGGCUGCGAAUCGGACUCUGGCGGAGCAAGUUUAA